AUGUCGCUUUGUUCAAUGGAGGAUAUGCCACAGGCCUAUAACUGCAGCCUCGCUAGAAGUGCCUUUACGGGAGAAUUUAAAGGGACCAGCUCUUUCGAGUUCAGCUUCGAGAGAUGCUGUUCGGCCAGUAACUUUGGAUGUGCUAUGUGGCUGACAACCAAGGAAGAUAGCAUACAGCAUGUCAGAAUGCGAUGUGUCUUUGACUCCAAAAGAGGAAAGACGUUAGGCCUAAACUAG